UAAUAAUAAUGUUUCUAGAUUGAGUUUGAAAAUUAAUAAUCAAUAUAUGGAACAGAUCCUCAAAAAUAUGGAGCGUGGAGAGAAAUCUGCGGUGAAUGGUUUCUUUUGGGAAAAUCAAUAACAACGUGGGAGAAUAAUGCGAAAAGAUGCUGCAGCAUUGGAAUGAGGCCGCUGGCGUUUGAGACCGACGAGAAAUUUAACUGUUUCAAAGCCCAAACCUCAAAGGAAGUUUGGCACUACAACUUUAAUUACUGGACAUCAGGUCGUCGGGGGUUCGCAAACAGUUCCUUCCAAUGGUGUUAUUACAACAAUUCAGAAUCUUUCGCCAACAUGAAUUCAAUGUGGGCUAAGGGAUUUCCAGCAAAUUCAACUUUUUUGGACUGUAUCCAUUUGUCUGUCUUAAAAAAUAUGAACGGUACUGAGUUGACUCAAAAGAGCUGCACAAACACGUUUGUGUUUUCGUGCAAGGGAAAACCAACAACAGCUCCUCCUCAUUGCAUCGUUCCAAGCUGUCCCAGUCUAAACUGCAUCAAGAACGAUUCGCUAACAACAUUCGCUAGGGGAAACGUGUAUAAAUAUUUAGGAAGUGCGAGCACUUAUAUCUUAAAUGUUAUUAAUUUUGCGAGGAAAAUUUCGUUUCUGUAACAGACCCAUCGGAUUAUGGCAUUUGGAAAACUGUAAACAGCAGGAUUUACAUGUUCAGAAAUACAGUUAAAUCGUGGUCAGAAGCAACCACGUUCUGCUGUUCUAUUGGAAUGAAAUUAUUAAGCCUCGACAUGAGUUACAAAUACAGUGCUUUAUCAAUGGCUCUAGCCAGUGAGCAAUCAAGUCUAUUCGGGAAAUACUGGACGUCUGGGACGGACAACGGCUGCAAUGAUGUAUUUGGUUGGUGCGCUGCCAACAAACUGGUUAGAGGGCCGAUUUGGGGGCGCGGAGAACCUCAAACUGGAAAACACUGCAUAGCCACCGAUGUCAACGGCGCCAGCGUAACUCUGACUGCGGUGGAUUGCUCAACAAACCUUCCAUUUAUUUGCGAAGUAAGAGACUCGCUCAAAUCCACGAGCUACGGAAAAGCAAUUCAGGACGAGUGUGCUUCAAAUUUCAACAUGUCUGAAAGUUUGCAAAUGGUUUUAUGAGUAUCAAAUUUUUAAUCUUCUCUAUAGUUGAAAUAGAUACCAUUUUAAACAGCACAUCGUUCGAUGUUAAAAUAAAGUGUUUUUUAAAAUGCUUGGCUGAAAAUGGAGAAAUGGUUAUCAAUGGCCGGGUGGUGGAAGAGCAGCUAUUAAAACUGGUUGAGCUCAUGUCCACCGGCGACAACACGCAGUUAAUGAGCGAUUUUAAAACUGUGGACGAAUGCACUAAAAUUCAGGGAAUGGAUGAGUGCGACACGGUGGCAUUAGUAUUCCAGUGUGGACAGGAAAAGGACCCGAUCCUGGUUAAGAACUCAAUGAAAAUCGUAGAAUUGAACGAUUCAGCUGGACAAUCACCUCUGCAGCCAGCAAUAGGCCAAUGCAUAACUGACUAUCCUUGUGUUAUGACAAGAUCUGGCAGGCAAAUUUUUCUAACAAAUGGCGCAUUUGUUGAUGGCUUCGUCCUCGAUAUAUGUGGAAAGCGCUACAUCUUAGGGACAGCUCAUAUAACGUAUAGAAAAGCCGCAUCUUGGUGUUGCCAAUUCGGACUGAAACUCGUUUCGCUAGAAACGUUUGAAGAGUUUGAAUGCAUCGCUUCAUCAUCACUAGGAGGACGAGUUAGGCCGAUAAAACUAUGGACCUCAGCUUCUAGGAAAGGAACGCAAGAAAAUGGCUUUCGAUGGUGUACUUCCAAGGCUCCAUUUAACGUGUCGAUGUGGAAAUGGAAUAGCCUGAACGGUUUUCCUGACCACUCUAUAAUGACCAUGUAUAUCCAAAAUAUACCUGAUGGUACUAGCUACUUCAAUGUGGAUCUAGAAAGCGAACCGAUAUGUCUCCCUUUGUGUGAAGAACCACCUCUCUGAAAACAUGAUAAAGCAUUCCUUUGCAUUUUAUGAAAUGAUUAUUGGUGUUUUUUGUGUUUGAAAAUACUAUCUUGAAUUUUAACAAAUAAAAAUAGCAAAAAAACAGAAUAGCAUAAAUUGAACCUUUAUUUUAACAUUAAUUUUUUUAGCUUUAACUCUUAAUAUUAGGGGUAAAUAUGGUUAAAACGCUCAUCUAUACAUAAC